GUCGCGUUCUUAAUUUGGCUACACUGAGGCUGCGCACAACAGCCAGCUCCAACGCCUGCCUUGUGAGAGUGUGUGUUUGGAGCAGGACUGCAGCGUUGUUGAAAGCGUACUGUGAGCCCGCUGAGCUCCUCGGUGUUUUUCAUGGAGAACAGAUUCACUAUCUGCUGAUAAAUCCGCCCGAGAGGACACAGAAUAGGAGGAGGAGGGAAGCGAGAGGAAGAAGGGAAAAACUGCAGAGGAGAAGAAGCGACAGAGGAGAAGAGGAGGGGGGACUAGGAGGAGGAAAAAAAUCGGGACAGGGAAAAAUGCCGCAGAUUUGACUGAAAAGAUGUCUGCUGUCACAAUGGAAGCGACCACCAUCCUCCCCAUUCUCAAGAAGAAACUGGCCUUCUUGUCAGGGGGCAAAGACCGGCGCAGUGGUCUGAUCCUGACCAUCCCUCUCAGUUCAGAUCAGACCAGCAUGGAGGAGCUUAGCGCCACGCUGGACUACCUGCUUAGCAUCCCAAGUGAGAAGUGUAAGGCUCGGGGUUUCACUGUUAUCGUGGAUGGACGGAAGUCUCAGUGGAACACCGUGAAGACUGUGGUGCUCAUGUUGCAGAAUGUGAUCCCACCUGAAGUGUCGCUGGUCUGCGUGGUGAAGCCAGAUGAAUUCUGGGAUAAGAAGGUGACACACUUCUGCUUCUGGAAGGAGAAAGACCGUCUGGGCUUUGAGGUGAUCCUGGUUUCAGCCAAUAAGCUGACUCGUUACAUUGAACCGUGUCAGCUGACGGAUGAUUUCGGAGGAAGUCUGGACUAUGACCACAUCGACUGGCUCAACAAGAGACUGGUUUUUGAAAAGUUCACGAAGGAGUCUACAUCACUGCUGGACGAGCUGUCGAUCAUCAAUGAUGCUGAUAAAAGCAGCUCAGUGGACAAGGACAAAUCUGCCGACUGUGCCCUCUUGCCAUCGUUUGAUCCUGAGACUGUCCUUCAGACUGGUCAUGAGUUGCUGUCGGAGCUGCAGCAGCGACGUUUUAAUGGCUCAGAGGGAGGAGGAGGAGGAGGACAGGGAGGUCCAGCCUGGUGUCCAAUGGAAGAGGAGCUGCUGGCUCAGCCUCAGGUGAUGAAGCUGCUGGACUCCCUCAGAGAGCAGUACACCAGAUACCAGGAGCUCUGCAGGCAGCGAAACAAACGCACCCAGCUAGAUGAGAUCCACGCCAAAGUCAUGCAGGUGGUCACCUGGCUGCAGGGUCCGGGUUCAGAGCUGCUGAAGACUCAGCAAACGAUCGGGGACUCGAUGCGAUCAGCUCAGGCUCUGCAACAGAAACACGAGGAGAUCGAGAGCCAGCACAGUGAGUGGUUUGCUGUUUAUGUGGAGUUGAACCAGCAGAUUGCUGCCUUGCUCAGCACCGGAGAGGAGGAGGAAGUGGCCGAGCUGAAGGCGCUGCAGCAGCAGCUGAGCGACGUCUGCUACCGCCAGGCAGCUCAGCUGGAGAGCCGACAGAACGUCCUGCAGGCAGCACAGGGCUUUCACACCACCACGCAGGAGUUGUCUCAGCAGUUGGACGGUCUGCUGGGCAUGCUCUGUGCUGAUGUGGCUCCAGCUGAUGGAGCAUCUAUUCAACAAAACCUCAAACUGCUGGAGGAGAAGCUGCAGACUGUUGAGGCAGGUCUUGCCUCCCUGCGACAGAAGGGGGCGUUGUUGUUGGAGCAGAUGUGCAGCCAGCCGUCCUGGCCUCUGGAGGAAACUGAGAGUCCAACCACAGAACAGCAGGACAGCGUUCAACACAUCCAGUCUGUGAUGGAGGACAUGCAGCUCCGCAAGCAGAGAUGUGAGGACAUGGUGGACGUAAGGAGGCUGAAGAUGCUACAGAUGGUCCAACUGUUUAAAUGUGAAGAAGAUGCUUUGCAGGCAGUGGAGUGGCUCGGUGAGUUGUUGGACGCCUUGUUGAAGACUCACGUCAGACUGGGAGACGACUCUCAGGAGACCAGGACCAUGCUGGACAAACACAGGAAGUUUGUGGAUGUCGCUCAGAGCACCUACGAUUAUGGCCGCCAGCUGCUGCAGGCCACCGUCGUCCUCUGCCAGUCUCUGCGCUGUACGACGCGCUCGUCCGGAGACACUCUGCCUCGCCUCAACAGAGUCUGGAAACAGUUCAGCGUCAGCGCCGAGGAGCGACAGCAGAGACUGGAGCUGGCUCUCAACUUCCACACUGCUGCUGAGAGGGUGUUACAGCAGGAGCGUGUGGAGGCGGAGUCUUUGGAUGAAGUCGACUCUUUGGGAAAAACUCUGCUGGACAGACUGACCAUGCCGGUGAUCUUCCCUGAUGGGAGUGAGCAGUUCUUUGGGAGUCCCGGCGACACAGCGGCAGCAGCAGAGGGUGUCAGAGAGCGCCUCCUGUUGGUGGAAGAGCGGCGGCUGCAACUGCAGGAGGCGAGGCUGCACAACGAUGGGGAUGAGGGGGAGGAAGAAGUGUUGAAUGGGCAAGAUGCAAGACUAGAUGUAAUCGGAGAGGAACUUAAUGAGAAAGAAGACCAAGAUGAAGAGGAGGAGGAUGCAGGGCAGCGGGGAGAAGAUUUGGAGAGGGCUACACAGGAUUGCUAAUGGAUCGCUGACGAUGUUAAACCGAGCAGCCUUAAUGAAGCCUGUCAGCGAAGGGCUGCUGAUUUCUACAGACCUCUCGUGUUCUCGCCUAGGGCAGGAUCGCCUUCUGUCGGCUGCUUCUCUUACUGCAGCGGCUUUUCCCUACAUUAAGACUACACUGCACCAUCAGCAUCACUGCAUAACCCUUCCUGCAAGAGGAUAAACAUGUUGGACACCUUUCCUCCAUCUGGUUCUGGAAGAUCAGGCAUAACAAAUGUAAAAUACUGGAAUUGUUUACUGGAAUGUCUCAUCCUUUGAUGAUAAUCAACUGUAAAAUAAUCCAUUUCAGGUGAGAAUAGUCCCAGCUUGUAUCUAACUGCUUCCUCCUUCUCCUCCUCAAUCCCUACAGUACACAGAGCUUCUAUGGUGCUUUCCCCAGCUUCCUGUUGGUCUCAUUCCUGCAUCAACAGUCCUGAUACUUUAGUACAAACAGGCUGGAAAAAAAGCUUUUGUCCAGCUUUCUGGAACUCGAGGAAAUGUUUAAAGUUCAAAAAGGCAUCAGGAACAAAUUUCAUUCGGUGUAAAGUAAAAUGUUUGUACUGGUUGGAAUUUGUUUUAAAGUCUACCUGAAGUUUAAAAUUUUCUCUACAUUAAUCACCUUAUUCCUAGCCUCAUGUUAGCGUGUUACACACGUCAUUCCUUUUUUCCAGCAAUAAAAACUCUUAUAAUAAUGAAUAAUGCAGGAAUAUAGCCUGUACACCUUAAACAGUACAUCAUAUAUAGAAUAAGGACACCUGCCUUCUGCUACCAAGGGUUCAGAGAAAGUGGCAUCAGAUAGAGUAGUAAACUACGUUAGCUAAUACUCGGCUCAAAUAAAUUAUGCUAAGUGAAAAUGGCUUUUAGGCUCUUAUUUGGAUGAAGUUCUUUCUGCUUUAAGAUAAAAAAACAAAAACAAAAGUCCAACUUUAUUUUCUUGGACACAGGAGAAAAAACAACUUUGACCUGCAAGAGCAGAGCUUCACAGACAGAAGUUAGCAUUAGCAUAGCCGAGCUUUUCAGAUGCUUCAUUUUAUGUUACAUGAGCCACUUAGUAGAUGGCAGAGCUGUGUUCCUGCAAAUAUCUUAGUAAAGGUAAACAUGUACUAAAGGACUGACUUUAGUAACCAGCAAACUUUGCAUCUGUAAUUUAAACAAAGUAACAUGGGAAUAGGAAAAGGUGUCUAAGCAUCAGGUACCGUUUUAAAGGUCAUGAAUGUGCAUACUUUUUUUUUCAGUUUCUGGAUGAGCAGCUACCAUUAAUUUUAUGUUAAUGAGUUUUAACUCAACAGUGAAGGCAGAGACUGUUUGACAUGGCUUGCUUUAGUGUGGCUGAGUCAGCAGUUCUCACACUGCUUUGUACAAAUGAGUGGGUGUAGUUUCUUUAUCAGGUGACACCAUUUUCCUGUACGUGAGUCAUGAUCCAGGAUAAGGAGAUGGAUCACUCUGAUCAAUGCUGGGGUCGAGCAGUGUGUGUGAUUACAACGGUUAGUGUGAUGUAAUAAAGUAUAUCAAAAUGUAAAUGUCAGAUUAUUCAUUUAAUACAGCUUUAUACUGAUCAUGGACUGACAUGCUAUAUCCAGAUAUAUAUUUAGGGUUUUGGCUGUUAGAACACUGACCCCUGGUUUUUUUUGUUUGUUUUUUUUCUUUUAAAAACAUUUCUUCAAAAUAUUGUUUUUGUAUUCUUUUUAAACUCUUGUGGAGGAGGGGUUUCGGGCCUUCAUAUCUGUAGUUACACAUUCGAACAAAUAAAUGUGCAUAAAGGAGAGCGAUUUCUUUUUCAUUUCAGUUGGACUUUAACUAUUUCCCGUUGAUGCGGUCUCUGGGACAUGUUAUCCAUCACUGUUGUAACAUUGUGUUCAUGAUUCUUACGUCUGUCAAGGACUUGAAACUUAAACUUCCUAUCAUAGUGGAAAUCAGACCAUGUGCUGUUCACUCAGAGGCCAGUAUCUGGUUUCUAAGCACUGAGACUGGUUGUCAUUUGCCAACGUAGCAACAUCCCAAAAGAACAGUUUUUUCCCCCCCCUGACAUUUUUCAAGCAAACCUCUCAGUAACUGGUUGGUGUUUGACCAAUAAUUGCUGCUGUAAGUGUAAUUGCUAUAUGCUUUGUUCCUUCUGUCUAUUCACAUGUACCAUGACAUCAAUACAGCAUCCUUCUCUAAAUAAAGCUUUUGAACUUCA